AUGCUAUUUACCAAUGACCUGAUCGAAUUAAUUGUGCAAGAAACAAAUUUAUACGCUGUAGAAAUAUUUUUAGCUUCUUCUGGAAGUGUAUCAACAAGAAUUUCUCAAUGGAAAGAUACUACUGUAGAAGAAAUUAAAAUAUUUUUAGCGUUACGUUUUCAUACCGGAAAAAUAAGAACAAAUCGUUUAGAAGACUACUGGAAAAAAAGUGAGUUGUUUGAUUUAAAAUUUUUUCGAUCACAUAUGAGUAGAAAUAGAUUCAUGCUAAUUUUGAGAGCUCUACACUUUUCUCAUUUUAAGUCUAGUAAUCGAUUAAAUAAAAUAGAAAAUAUUGAAAACUAUUUCAAUAAGAAAAUGGAAGAAGUGUAUGAACCAAGUAAAAAUUUAGUGCUUGAUGAAUCGAUGGUUCUAUUUCGUGGCAGACUUGUCUUUCGACAAUAUAUUAAAAAUAAAACUUUAAAAUUUUACAUGCUAACAGAAUCUAUUGGUCUUGUGCACCGAGUAAUGAUAUAUUCAGGGCAAGGACAUGAUAUGUCUUUGGAUUGCUGUCACACCGAGUACGUGGUCGAAAAACUCAUGGAAGGACUUUUUUAUAGUGGCCGUUCACUUUAUAUGGAUAAUUAUUAUAACAGUAUUAAAUUAGCCCAUAAUCUUUUGAGUAAAGAAACUUAUUGUACAGGGACUUUGAGACAAAAUAGGAAAGAUAAUCCUAAGGACAUAACUUCGAUAAAAUUAAAAGUAGGAGAGAGGAGUGUUGGUAAGUAUACUGAAAAAGGUGUGUGUGUGUGGUUAAGUGGCGAGAUUGACGUGAAGUAUUAA